CUGUAUGUCGCAGAGUGACAUAUGCAGGUACAGUUCAAGGAAAUAGAUGGAGGAAUGCGCAUGCAAACGUCAGUCAGUUAGUCCGACAAAAAGUGUUUUUUUUAAGUCGAUAACAUACAAAUUGAGCAUGUAUUAAUGUUCACUUUUGCAUAGCAUAUCUUGUGGUGUUCCGUCCAGCCUGAACGUUCAUGAAAAGAAAAGGAGAACACGUGAGUUUGUGAGUGGAAGAGGCUCCGCUGUCCGCCCGCUGACGCACGGCACAGGUGCGCACCCGCCAAAGCUUGACACGUUUGUUCGUUUUUUUGAGUGAAGCCGUCAUGGAAAAAUCCAAAAACUUCAGAAUUGACGCCCUGCUGGCCGAUGAGACCAACCGCGUGAGCCGAGACCUCUCCCCAGGUCUGAGCAGCGACAGCCCCGCAGGCAGCCCGGUCUCCUGCCGCCGCGCGGACACCCCGUCUCCACGGUCCGCACAAUUUCAAGGAUUAAUCCACAAACCGGGUGUUCUAAAUCUCCCUCAUCCAGGACUUGCUUCAAUUUCCGGCAUGUAUCACGCACCCAUGUACCCGUUAUCCGCGUUGGGUGCUCAGCACCCCGCGUUCGCAUACACCGGCUUCACACAACUAACACAUACCUACCCGGAUCACCUGAAGGCGGCUGCUAUGGCGGGAUCUCUGCCCCUGGAGCACUGGUUCCGCGCAGGGAUCAUGAUGCCACGACUGCCAGAUUACACCACGGGCCCUCAGUCUGGUCUGUUGGGGAAGUGCCGGAGGCCUCGCACCGCCUUCACCAGUCAGCAGCUGCUGGAGCUGGAGAACCAGUUCAAGCUCAACAAAUACCUUUCCAGACCCAAACGCUUUGAAGUGGCCACCUCACUCAUGCUGACUGAAACACAGGUCAAGAUCUGGUUCCAAAAUCGGAGGAUGAAGUGGAAACGCAGCCGAAAGGCGAAGGAGCAGGCCUCCGCCUCGGCCCAGUCUGAGGCAAAGCAACGCAGUGGAGGAAAAACAGCCACAGACAAAUCAAAUGAGAGCCGACAAGCUGCGAAUCCAGACGACAGGGGGAUAGAUCUUGAUCAGGAGGAUGGAGAAGAGGAGGAAGAGGAGGAGGACGAGGAGGAGGACGAGGAGGAGGAGGAAUUUGAGGAGGACGCCCAGCAUGCUUUUCCUGUUGGGACGCCGCGAGCCACAGACUUCUUGCAGCGCAGCACCGAUGUUGACUACAAUCCCCACAGCCCUUUCUCUGAUGAGGAGCUGGAGGGGGUGCAAGUAGGAGGAGGUGACAGGAAGAUCGGGGCAGGACUGUGAGCAGACACUCAGGAAACACCAGUUUGGUUUCCAGAGAAUUACAGACACAUUACACUGGGACAUGUCUGUGUUUGUGGUCACUGCAGUUUCCAGACAAAAGCCACAAAUAUACUUUAUAAAACCAUCUGUGAAUAAAAUCUUCUCUAUACUGUAUACAUUUCGUAGCAUGCCAAGAAAAGAAAAAAAGGUUCUCAUUUCCUCCCAAAAUGUUGCUGUUUUCAUGCCAAUCACCUUCUGGUCACCUUGUGUUUGCUCCAUCCACUGACAGCUGGAGCUCCACCCAGUGAACACACACGACUGAAGGAUGCGUACAGUGUAUGCGUACAGGAUGCACAGAAGCCUAGGUGCAGCCUCCACUGCAUCAUGACGACAAACAAAUUAAAAAAACUUAGACAAGCUGUGUGAUGUUGGGACUGAAGAAACAACACAAGCUCAAGAACAUCUGCUGCUCCAGAUGUUUUGGGGGAAAACACUGCAGAACAUCUUCAUUUACGUUUGUGCAUUUAAUGUGUAAAUAUUGGUGGGAUUGUUUUGUUCACGGUGAUGUUCAUGAAUUUCUGCGUGUCACUUACGUGUAAAUUAACUUAAUUUAUUUAAAUGAUUGCAAAGAUGAAUCGCACAUGUAUUUAUCUGAAACGUGUUUGUGGUGUAACUGUGAAAUACAAAAAAAUAGAGCAAAAUUUAAAAAAAGAACUGAAAAAAGUCUGCAUUGUUGAUCCAUGUUCCAGAUUAGCGUAUCAUUAAUGCUAACAUGCUUAUGUUUAGCAAGUAUAAUGUUCACCAUCUUGGCAUCUUAAUUAGCACUACACACAAAGUGCAGUUGAGGCUGGAAUCUCAAGUUCUGCAGGUAUUUAGUGAUAAA